UGAGAUUCGUACAUAUGUAAAAAGGCUUUGUUGCACACAUGUGCCUUUCAUCUUAUUUGUUUUCUCUCUCCUCUUCACCUUUCUUUGCCUCCAAUAUAUAGAAACACCCCUAAACUUGGAUUGCAUAAAUCUCUCAACCUCAUUUACAGGGUGUUUCGAUCAUUAAAGUCAUACCUUUUCAUAUCUCUCUCUCUCUCUCUCUCUCUCUCUCUCUCUCUCUCUCUCCAUUUAUAGUAUUUAUGUAUGAAUAAUAUAGAUAGAUUAUAGAGAUAUGUAGACAAACACUCAUAGGAUAGGAGGCAUUUGUUUGGUUGAUGGAGGAGAGGAAAACGUGGAGUUUCCUUCAUACCCAGGUCAUUGAUAUGGGGGAUUUUCCGGAUGAUGCCAACCCAAAGCUGAAAGGAUGUAAACAGAUUCCAAUGUAUUUGUUUCUUCAUACCUCUUGCCCAUGAGUAAAAUCUUCGACGAGCUCUGUUCUGAUCGUACGAAAUAGAUACUGCUCCUCUGGAAAUCCGAUUGAAGAUGCUAUUUUUCAUCUGGGUUUUUGAAGGGAAGAAAAAAAGACUUCAUAUUAUCCAUCGGUUGUAGCAGUGGACGACAAUUUUGUUUUUUUUUUACCUUUUCGAGUUUUCGGCCCUGAAACAAUACUAUGGAGGCAACAACGGCAAGCACGCCCCGUAAGAAGAUGACGAAACAAUUGACCGGGAAACGAGACGACACCCCCUUGCACUCGGCCGCUAGAGCCGGGCAACUUGGCGUCAUAACGGAGAUCCUAAAUGGCGCCGGGGGAGAGGAAGAAUUGGCAGAGUUGUUGUUGAAGCAGAACCAAGCCGGGGAAACCGCCCUCUUUGUUGCCGCCGAAUAUGGGUAUGUGGAUGUGGUUAGGGAGAUGAUCAAGUACUAUGAUCUUGGCGCAGCUAGUAUCAAGGCUAGGAACGGUUUUGAUGCCCUGCACAUUGCUGCCAAACAAGGAGAUUUGGCGGUGGUGAAGGUGCUAACGGAGGCCCAUCCGGAGCUCUCUAUGACCGUUGACAUGUCGAACACAACGGCUCUGCACACGGCCGCCACUCAAGGACACAUAGAGGUGGUGAAUUUCUUCUUGGAGUCGGAGAGCAGCCUCGCCACCAUCGCUAGGAGUAACGGGAAAACAGCAGUGCAUUCUGCAGCGAGAAACGGGCAUGUGGAAGUGGUGAAGGCGCUUCUGAGCAAGCAGCCUGAAAUCGCUACGAGGAAUGACAAGAAGGGGCAGACCGCUCUUCACAUGGCGGUCAAGGGGCAGAACCUGGAAGUGGUGGAGGAGCUGAUCAAGGGGAAUCCCUCGUCGAUAAACAUCACCGAUACCAAGGGAAACACCGCGUUGCAUAUAGCAACAAGGAAAGGCAGGGCUCAGAUUGUCAGGCUAUUACUAGCCCACAAAGAAACCGACACGAAAGCCGUUAACCGGUGCAGCGAAACUGCCAUCGACACGGCCGAGAAAACAGGACAGGCCGAUGUCGCAGCCAUCCUGAGGGAACACGGCGUCCCAAGCGCCAGGUCCCUCAACCCGAAUGCACAAAAUCCAGCCCGCGAACUAAAACAAACAGUGAGCGACAUCAAACACGAAGUCCACAACCAGCUCGAGCACACUCGCCAGACCAGGAAACGCGUCCAGGGCAUCGCCAAGCGCCUCAACAAGAUGCACGCCGAGGGCCUCAACAACGCCAUCAACUCCACCACCGUCGUUGCGGUUUUAAUAGCCACUGUCGCUUUUGCGGCUAUUUUCACUGUCCCGGGCCAAUACGUUGACGACCCAAACGACAUUCCCCCUGGGCUUUCUCUAGGGGAAGCGAACAUCGCCCCCAAGGCCUCUUUUAUAAUCUUCUUUGUUUUCGACUCAAUUGCCCUCUUCAUCUCUCUCGCUGUUGUGGUCGUGCAAACUUCUGUUGUGGUCAUAGAGAGCAAGGCGAAGAAGCAGAUGAUGGCUAUCAUAAACAAGCUCAUGUGGCUAGCCUGUGCCCUUAUUUCAGUGGCAUUCUUGGCGUUGUCGUUUGUUGUGGUCGGUGACGACGAGAAGUGGCUGGCGAUCGGAGUCACGAUCAUAGGGUCCACGAUCAUGGCGACUACGCUGGGGACAAUGUGUUACUGGGUGGUUGUGCAUCGGAUUGAGGCCUCGAAUUUGAGGAGCGUAAGGAAGAAUUCGCAGAAUAGCAGGUCGAGGUCUUGGUCGAUGUCGAUGAUGUCGGAUUCAGAGGUAUUGAACGCUGAGUACAAUAAAAUGUACGCGAUUUGAAAGAUUCGCACGCCUAACUUAUAUUUAGCGUAAGGCAUACCGGUCGUUUUUUGGUCGACCUAUGUAUGAUCCUUCAUGUGUAUAGUACUCCUAAGUGGAUGACCAUCGCGUUGAUUACCCAAAAUACACAGAUUACGUUCA